AUGAUGGUGAAGAAGAAGAUAAUGAGUACAGUGGAAAGGAUGUUGCCACUUUUUAUGAACAGUACCCAGCAUCACUUUUCCAAAUGGAAAAUAGAACACAUAGUUCCUCUCUAUGAAAGAAAAAGUAGAUCAAAAUUUAAGAGAGAGAAAUUGAUAAAAAGGACUAAAGUGAAAAUUUUACAUUUACGUCAAAAUUUGAUGGAUGAUGGGUUGAAGUGGAAAAGAGGCAGUAGAAUUGGUAACAUUACUAACACUGCUUAUUUUGGAAAAAAACCAUCAACAGAUGAAUUUCAGAGUGAUCUUUUGUGCAAUUCAAAUGAGACCAUUCAGAUUGAUAAUAACACACAUGUGGAAGAUUUAUCAAAAGGAAUGUUAGAUGAGUUAGAUGCUUCUUCUUCUCCUACUUUUACACAGGUUAAGAGAUUAUAUUUCUCUCUUAAGAAGAAGGGGAAUGAAGCUCUCGUUCAGUUUGUAAGUAAUUCAGAUUUCUUACGUAUAUGCAUUUUUAUGACUAGGAAGAAGAUAAGGAAUCGUGUAGUGGAAGAGGAGUUCCUGUUGCGGGUCUCCAGAGAGCUUGACGAGGUUCCCCACAGUCCCACCGAUUCUGCAUCUGGCGGUCCUACCGAUUCUGCGUCUGGCGGUCCCACCAAUUUUGCGUCUGGCGGUCCCACCGAUUCUGCUUCUAACCGUCCCACCGAUUCUGCUUCUAACCGUCCCACCGAUUCUGCUUCUAACCGUCCCACCGAUUCUGCUUCUAACCGUCCCACCGAUUCUGCUUCUAACCGUCCCACCGAUUCUGCUUCUAACCGUCCCACCGAUUCUGCUUCUAGCCGUUCUUCUAAUUGCCCGACUCGGGAACCCUUACUGAGCGAAAACAACUUCUGCCACUGGCUGGAGUUCAUUCACCACAUUGGGCUAAACGGCUUAGGAACAUGCAGAGAAAGAAGUAGCAAAAAAUGUAGUGUCGAAUGGAACUUUAAAAAAUUAAAACACACAUAUAAUGGAAUAAUGAGUAAAAUUACAAAUGAAAUAGUACUAAAUAAGGAACACAUUAUUAACAUACUUAACAUAAAUGAUAAACAUCUAUAUUUUGAUGAAUUCCUUUUUGAUUAUUUUGAUUUGACAAUAUCGAUGAACUUUGAAACGUAUGAUGAACAUGAAAUAACAUACAUAUGUAAGCACUUGAGCAAAAUAUUAUUUUCUCUAUCCCUGCAAUUAAAUGGAAUUAAAUGUGAAUCAAAUGUGCAAAGAUUAGUAAAGAGGUAUAUAUGCAAAAGUUUAGUUUUUUCAUCUGAAUUCGACAUAAAGGAAUCAUUAGAAGGUGAAGAAAAAUUCAGAUAUGAUUCCCCAAAACAAGGGGAUCAACAAAUCUCAGCAGCAUCUAAUUAUCACCUGGAACCCGAAUGUGCUGAACCCGUUAAACUAGUAGAGAGUUUGAAGUCACGAAUUGUGCAAAGUUCUUUUGUGCAGACACUAAACAAGAAGUUGAAGAAAUGUGUACAUGAAUACAAAUAUUACAACUUGGUUGAUAUUCUAGAAUUUUACACUCUAUUCGAUAUAAAGAAAAAAGACAUGAGAAAGAGAGUAAUAAAUGAAGUAGACAAAUUUAUUAACAUAAUGAAAUAUGGAUAUCAUGCUAAAGCACUAAUUUUAUUUAGUUUAAAUAGAAAAUAUUUAGAUGAAGAAAAUGAAAAAAGUGUUAGGAGGUUAAUAAGACGAACAUCUCAGAUGUUACAUUUUUAUUGGCCACCUGAGUUUAUCAUAGAAACAAUUAUUGCUUGUUGUUCUUCUUUUUUAAGCUUAAGCUAUAGAGAGGAGAAAGGAAAAAAUAAAACAUUACGGAAUUUAUUUUUAUACUUGAAAGGGAAUGUAAAAAAAUGCAUUCACCCAAUUCUUUUAAUAAAUCUUUUAAACUCGUUAGCAAGUGUAGGAAUAACACAUUUUACAGUUUUUAAUCAUAUUAUUAAUUAUGUAAAAAAAAAAAAAAAUUCAAUAAAUGAGGCUUACAUUGUCCUUAUAUUAAAACAUUUGACAAAAUUGGGAUAUCCAAAUGAUGACUUAUUCUAUUCAUUCUUAUUCUCAGAAAAUGCACUCAAUCGAAUCUCGAAAUUGCCAAAUGGAUCUCUUAUUAGUUUACUGCAUAUAAUAAAUUACUACAAGAAUGGCAAUACUUUCGACAGGAAAAAAAAUUUUUACUUGGGAAAUGUUUUUGUUAAAUCCUCUAUGCUAUCCUUUUAUGUUGAGUAUGUUAUGUUUUUGUUGUUGACCAGACAGGGGGUUCUUGCAUCUCAAUGCCAUGCCCAAGGUGUCACAUUCAGCACAGGAGGAGGAGAGGCAGAAAAUGUGGAAGACGAAGGGGAGACGACGAAAAGGAGGGGGCGCAAUUUUCUCGACACGUCUUCGCCUUACCAGCUAGCGGCUUUGAAUUAUAACACACUGAAGGAAGACGUGUUCAUGCAACUGUUGAAUGGGUUAACGAAUUUAAAAAUUACAAAUUUGGACAUGCUGCAGUAUGCUAUAGAUUAUAUACAUAUGUGUCUAAAGAGGAUAAAUGAAAAUCACGUGAUGACUGUUUUUCAGUUCAUUUCGGAACACUUUAUGAGUUUCCAAUCGAUUGGGUAUUCGAUCACACGUCUAACUUAUAUAUAUUUACACCAAAUUGCAGAAAACAAUAUUUUGAAAUUACCUGAAGCGUACUUGCCCCACUGUGCUUUUUCAACUUUAUCAUUUUAUUUUAUCGAAACUGUCUUAAAAAAUAAAAAGAAUAAUGUGGAUUUAAUUGAAAAGACCAUGAUAAUUUUUACUGACAAAAUUAGGGGAGGAUUGAAAAUAUUAAUACAAGAGGGUAAAGAAGAAGAAGAAGAAAAAAAAAUGUGUAAAUUGCUACAUAUAAUUUCUGCAGUACUACAAAUGAUAUAUGUAAAAAUUGAAAGGAGAUUACCUGACAAAUUGUUUAGCUUCUGCAGACAUGUAGAAAAACAUUUUUCACAAAUGGAAGGGGAGGUUACCAUGGGAAUUCGGAAUGAAGAAAAAAUGUCAGCUAGCCAACAUUAUAUUUUUUUUUUUUCUGACUUGUUCAGGCAAAAAAAAAUUAAUCAUUUUGUGAAUUUUUUUAGCUACCCAUACACCAUUGAUAUUGUCAUACCAGCUGAUAAAGAGGAAAUGAAAAAAACAAGUGAACGGAGGGAAGAAAGCGAAGAAGAAAAAGGAGAAAGUAAUACACGCACAAGUACCAAAAAGAAGGCCUUAUUCAUAAUCGAUAAUUUUGAUAGGAUGUAUUUAAAGAAUGUACAAUUGGGGAAAUUUUUUAAAGACAAAAUUUGGGAAAAAUCCACAAAUUGUACCGGUUCCGUGCAGGAUGGGGGACGCAAUCAAUCGGAAGUAGGAGAAGUGGGAGAUGUGAAAGAAGUGAAAAAAGUAAAAGACUUGUUAGACGAAGACGGAUGUGGACUGAUCGAGGGAAGAGACAAAUAUCUCCAUGUUGGAGACGAGAAGAUAAAGAAUAUUGUUUUUGAAGAUAAUAAUAUAGGAACAUGUCUAAAGCCAUAUGAAGCAAUUAGGGAAUGGUUUCUAAACAAUAACAAUUACUCAAUCUCAUAUAUAUCAGUAUCCGAUUGGGAAUCGAAAUAUAUGUGA